AGAACCCUGAGCUACGGAAGGGAGUUCGGACAAAUAUCGGAGACAUUUACUUGGAGAAAAAGGCUGUCAUGGUUCGCCUGUCAAAGACUGCCACCCUAUAUGUUUGGGCCGUGAUGACGGCUCUGCUGUUGGUGCAGAAUUUCCAUCCAGCUAUUGGCUACGCCAUCAGAGAUCAGAAAAGGGUUGCUAAGAAAAAAGUGCAGUUAUUGGAGGAUAAAGAAGAUGAUGGAUCUGGUUAUAACCCUGAGAAAAGAUCAAUUAUAGGAGCUGGAUUGAAAUUCGUCUUUAAAAAUUUUUGGGACGACUUGCUGUGUCUCGGAACUCACUUAGCAUCCCUAGCAAACUGCAACAGUUUGUCACCCGGAGCUUGCCAAAGGUUAAAAAAUUUAGAUACCAAGCGCAGUACGAUAGCUACCCUAGUGAACCACACCCUGGAGAGACAAGUUGAGUGGGCAACAUUGAAUUCCACCGACGAAAAAGCCAUCGGUAAUCUACAGCUAAUCGAGAAAGACUUGGAACUGGUCACAGCCAGCAAUCUUCGCUUAAUGGGCAUACUAAAGGCAAUCAGCGUUAAAGAAGAAACGGACACAAUUUACGACUCGGCCACCGAUAAUGUCACAGAAAUCAGAAUACGUUUCCAAGUUGACUUGGAAACUUACCUGAACGGAGUCAAAGCAACACUGGUAGCUGCAGGUUCCCAAAUAGAUUCUCUGAAAAAACGCGACUACGUAAUGUUUGCAAUCAUGACAGCAGUCCCCCUUGUAGCUAUGCACACUGGCCAUAUUUUUACAUCUGCCCGUCAAGCUUUUCUCACAAGAAGUCAGUCCUAUCAGGUAGUAGAUAUAGUUGGUGGUAAUGGAAAGAUGAAACUCGCGUAUAACCCGUCAGGACGACUUUACAUAGUGCAAGAGGCGCCGGAAUUGGGUAAACUGAAGGUUCUGCAAUCGGUCAGUGACAGCGGAAAAGUUGGACGGUUCUGGAAGUUCAUGAUGCCAGCCGGACAGUCCGCCAUGGUGUCCGAGUUCCUUGAAAGCUUCGACUUUGAGAGAGGCAAGAAAAUCGCACGGCUCCAGCAAAAAAAUCCCGACUACCUGGACACACUGAAACAAAAGGGAUACGUUACUGCUUUCCUGACUAGAACAGAAGGCCUUACAUCAACGGAGUUCGAUGACUUUGUCAAGAAAGCCCAAACUUUAGAUCAAGAUAAGUUCUACAAGUACGAUACCGAUAUCCCUGACGCUAAUCUUCCAAAACAAUUGAAGCUAGGCACAGACAUUCUGAACCCAAAUGACAUCGCCGUGGUCAAAGCAUACAACAGAUUGAAGGCUACUAACCCUGACCUGCUUGAUAAGUUGAAUAAAGCAGGAGCAACAGGAAAGUUCUUGGAAAACUCCAAAACACUCACAGACGCAGAGUUCGACGCCUACGCCGCAAAAGUUAAAGCAGCAGCCCCCGAGUUACCCGACGGCAACCUCAAGCAUUUUGACUGGGACGUGCCUGCCAAAAAAGUAACAUUCACGCAAAGAGUUAAAAAUGGGUGGUCUUCUUUCAGGAACUUAAAUUUGUUCAACUGGAGGGGACGUAAAGUGAAGGUCAGCAACGUUCUGAACAUGGGCACUGUAGGUGGUGCCCUGAACGUCGCACUGUGUUUGUACAUGACCAUUUCAUCUAGCAAAAGUGUAGAGCAGAAAAUCAUAGAUAUCGACGGCAAGCUGAACGAAGCCAAGGCAAACGUGGAAAAGAAAAAGGCAGACUUAGAUGGUCUUCUUGCAGCGGAGAAAAACCUGUACGCAAAAAUCAAGAAUAACACCGUGUCGUUGUACAAUCUCUUUAGCACCACCGAUAACACCAUUGCAGACGACCCAAGUUGCCAAGACACCCUGUGCAUUUUCCUCCGUGACGCUGCCCAAAUCAAAGUUAUCUCCGACUUUCUUUCUAAGUGGAAUAAAGACACCGUCACCUCGAGUACAAUUCUGGUUAGUCAGAUAGCCUUCAUGGUAGCCCUGACAUCCUCCAAGACGGAAAUGAUUGACCUGUACAACUCUGCCAUAGUCACCACCAACGUCUUGAAUUGGGUGACCGACGGCCUGACUCUGGACAGGAUGCUGGCGAACGCGGUCACGCUGAAUCUCAAUGCCCGUCUUCCACACCAUUUCUCCGUCCUGAAGGUCAUCAAGGUCGCAUUCCCGUCGCGCACUUCCUACGACGGAAUUCCACUCGGUUGUAUUGGUGGUUCCAUAAAGUCACAGGCACAACUGGAAGCGUUCUUAGCCAAAGCAGCUCCUAUAACUGGGAAAGUUGUUGAUGACAUCAAGACUGGAAAACUUUUCGGCGUUUCUCCAGAUAUUAUAGUUGGGAUGAUACAAAGAAAAGUCAAGUCCGGUGAUCUCCCUGCAAACCCAUGCAAUGGCCAAGCCUGUACCAGAGUUGAUGUGUUGAAGGUGAUUGCCGCAGAGUAUCCCACCGAGACAGCGUAUAAUGGCGAAGAUCUGACAAAAUACAGAAAUGCUGCCAGUUGUUAGAAAACUGGCAGCUUUGUUAAGUCAACGUUUCAAUGGAAAUAGCUUUACAAAGUUGUUAUUUUUAUUAUUAUUUCUUAUCCCAAUUCUUUUUUGCUCAAGUUUCAGGAAGUAGCUGAGCUCAAAGUAUAUUAACCUAUAAUUUUACAUACGUUGAAGUUGUUUCGUUGUUAAGUUUUGUUUGUAUUAUGCACUUUGCAAUAAUCAUUACUUGUCCGGUGAAAUGACCAUUGCAGUGAUAUAUAUUGGAAGUUGUUGAAUAUUUUGUUAUUGAAUAUACACUGUUACGUGUAAUAAAAUACAUAGAAGCAUA